AUGUGUUACUAUGGGAGCUAUUAUGGAGGGCUGGGCUAUGGCUAUGGAGGCCUAGGCUGUGGCUAUGGCUGUGGCUAUGGUGGCUAUGGCUAUGGUUGUUGCCUCCCACUGUGCUGUAGAAGGUACUGGUCCUGUGGUUUAUACUGA